GCUGCACUAGCAUAUCUUUGACCCCAUCCUUCGACAGUCGUCACAUCGCUCAGCAGGUCUAGCGAUUUCUCAGCAAAAGAAUCAUCACAAUCUUUCAGCAAUCAUGUUUUUCCAGACAUCUGCUCUCAUUGCGCUUGCCGCGAGUGCCUCAGCGCACAUGGUCCUGAACACUCCCGUUCCCUUCGACUGGGAGGACUCUGCCACUCAGCAGGCUCCCCUGGAACCUGCGGACUUCCCGUGCAAGCAACCCGGUGGUACAUACGCUAUCACUUCGAUGAACACUGUCGCGGCUGGUGGCUCGUUGGAAGUUCAGCUUAAGGGUGGUGCGACACACGGUGGAGGCUCAUGCCAGUUCUCCAUCACCACAGACACUAAGCCUACCAAGGAUUCUCAGUGGAAGGUCCUCCACAGUCAGAUCAAUGGCUGCCAGGGAGGCGACGGUGAGACCAACAUGUCUGGCAACAAGGACGACCUGAACAACCCCAAGAUUCCCGUCAAGAUACCUGAGGGUCUACCCGCCGGCCAAUAUACUUUUGCUUGGACCUGGUUGAACAAGCUCGGCAACCGCGAAUUCUACAUGAACUGUGCUCCUCUCGAAGUUACAAGUGGCAGCUCCAAGCGUGACACUGCUUCUGCCGAUGUCUCUUCCGUCCUUGGCCAACUGCCUGACAUGUUUGUCGCCAACCUCCCCCCUACCGAGUGUGAGGUUGCUUCCGGCCAGGACUUCGUCUACCCGAACCCUGGUGACAGCGUCGCCACCGGUGCCGGUGCCACUCCGGGCACUGCCAUCUCUGGCGCCGGGUGCGCUGCUGUGACUAUCCUGGGCGCUGGUGCUGGCAAGCUCGGCAGCCCUGCUCAAGCCACUGCUGCUCCCACCAACAGCGGAGGUGUCUUUGCUCCGGGUGCAUCGUCUGCUGCUGGCACUGCCCCUGCUUCCAGCGCUCCUGCUGUUACCCAAGCGCCUGUUGCUUCCCAGCCUGCCGCUUCGUACCAGGCCUCUCAGCCUGCCGCUACCCCCAUCGCUUCCCAGCCCGCCGCCGCUCAGCCGUCUGCCCCGUCUGCUCCUAAUUCUGGCUCUGAGACUGGCACCGGCUCUGGCUCUGGCAACGCUUCAGCCGGAGCUGGUACGCCGUGCACCACUGACGGUGCUGUUGUCUGCAUUGGCACCGAUUCUUUCGGCCUCUGCAACUUCGGCUACGCUGUGGCCCAGAAGCUCGCCGAGGGUACGAGCUGCUCCAACGGCCAACUCUCUCGCCGCAGCAUCCGCUUCCCCCGCGGUACUCUCCACAACCGUCAUGCAGCCCUCCACAAGCGUGGCAGCGUGUUGUAAAGUCCUGGCGUCACGCCUCUCACGAACGCAUUUCUUGGAGUUGGUCACGGGUUGGCUGCAUGGGAUCGAAUUCUGUAAAUAUUCGACAGGCGGCCGGUUCACUUCUUUUCACAUUCUUCUUUCUAGAGUACCUUUUUGAUGUUUAUUUUCGUUCAUGUUUGGGUCAGAGUCCCAGCAUGCCCUGGUUAUGAGGUCUUGUGGUGGACAUCGCAACGCUCGCUUUCUUGAGCAUACUUCUGUAUCGUACUUCGUUUGAAGUCCAUAGCUUCGCUUCGCAUCGAAUGCAUUCCCUCUUGCGAUACUUGGCCUGACUUAGCUCAUUGUGAUGUGAUUGCGAGCCG